CAUCAUUCACGCUCCUCUGCCACUCGCACGUCCAGUCUGAUAGGGUGCAAAGGCAACCUCGUUCCCUCUCCAAAGCGCUUCUAUUGCAGUAGUGCAAAUCAAGAGCUCCCCCGACUUGAAUCUCUACUCACGACUAGGCUACUCAAUGUUAGCAUCUCUGAAGAAGACCUUAGGAGUAUUGCACUCUUAAGCUCCACGCCUACACAGUACCAGGGCACCCUAUUGCCUCUUCUCAAGCUGCAAGCAUGGCCGUCAGCGUGGAAGCCCCGACCCUUCGGAUGCUGCAAUCGCCCCAUGUGGAGCUGUUCAGUCAAGGAGCCGAAGCGCGCAUCUAUAUCUACACUCCGCCUUCCAGCACCACCACCUGGCUCGACGACUCAAAGGACGUUGCAGGCAGUCCGCGCUCGAUCGCUGGAAGUUCAGCCGCCGACCAACUGAUCAUCAAGCAUCGCUUCCCAAAGAAGUACAGACAUCCGUCUUUGAGCGCUAACCUCACCGCCUCCCGCACGAGCCUCGAAGCCAGAGCUCUGCUCAGAGCGGCGAGGGAUGGGAUUAAUGUGCCUGCUCUGCGAUUUGUAGACGAGACUCAAGGUGUCAUUGGGCUGCAGCAGAUUCGGGGACGGACAGUGCGUAGAUGUCUUGGUGCAGGAGAUGAAGGAGAAGAGGAAGAGGAGAGCGAAAGCACACAUACCGUCUCGGAGCACGUGCUGUCAGACGCCGCAUCGGAAGCUCUGGAUGAGCGGACGCAAUCUCAAGUGAUGAUCUUGAUCGGACGUCAGCUGGCGCUCUUACACGCUGCGGAUAUCAUACACGGCGAUCUGACGACCAGCAACAUGAUCUAUGUCGAGGCAGAGCCUGGCAUGCUGGGCAGAGUGGUUCUCAUUGACUUUGGGCUGACCUCGCAGUCCUCCUCCGCGGAAGACAGAGCGGUGGACCUGUACGUCCUCGAGCGGGCAUUUGCGAGUACUCAUGCGGGCUCGGAGCACCUCUUCACUCAGAUACUGGACACGUACUUUACGGAAACGGACGUGAUCAGGAAAGGAAAGGGGAAAGGCUUGAAAAGCGCAGAGAUUCUUCGAACAUUGGAAAAAGUGCGCCUACGGGGUCGCAAGAGGUCCAUGGUCGGCUAGGCUUCCGGAAGACGACGCAAGCCACAACCUCGUCAAAUGUCGUCGCGCCGUAGGCA